AUGGAAAAGUUAAUCCGCGAACGAAAAUCUAUCGAGCCACGUAUCAAACGUGUGGCCGAAGCAGUGAAAAAACUAGAGACAGAAGCGGCUGAAGAAACCGAAGUGCAAACGGAACUCGAAGUGCUCGGUGAAAUUUGGGCUGCAUUUUGUACAGUGCACAAAAGAGUGUUGGACGCAUGUGACGAUGAGGAUAAAUAUGCAGACGCUGUGCGAAAUCAGUGCAAUUUUGAACGCGCUUACAUUGGACUGAAAAAUCGCCUUGCGAAAGUGCUAAAAGCGGUGCAGAAUCGCGAUCGCAGUCAAGAAGAGCGAUAUCCGCCGCAAAGUGAAAUAAUUAACCAACUUGCACAGCAACAAGCAGAGUUACUCCGUAUGAUGGCGGGUAGAAUGGCUGCUGGCGCUAGUGCAUCCACUGCUGUUGCUGAUAAUGCCCACGAUCCCAUACCGCUGUCCGAUCUCAAGCUGCCCCGCAUGAACCUUCCUCUCUUCGCUGGGAACUAUCUCGAGUGGCAGUCUUUUAUCGAUUUAUUCAAGAGUAUGGUUGACUCGAACCCAUCGAUCAAGGAUAGUCAAAAAUUGUAUUUUCUCAAAACUCAUCUCUCUGGAGAGGCUGCAACACUUAUCUCCCAUCUAAAAAUUGAAGAUGCAAAUUACGCUCCGGCUCUGGCAAAGCUUAAAGAUCGCUACGAUAAACCACUCGAGAUUGCUCACAAGCACAUUGAACGCUUUCUCAACCAACAAGCCAUGACGUCACCGUCUGCUCAAGCGUUACGUUCAUUGCAUGACGUCUCCGACGAGGUUGUUCGUGCUCUUCAAGCCAUGCAAAGAGAGGAUCGUGAUACUUGGCUGCUGUUCAUCCUCAUCGGAAAACUGGAUUCCGAAACCAAGCAGCUUUGGUAUCAAAAGGUUACUGAUAUGGAGGAAGCUGGCAUCACUCUGAAAGCUUUUCUCGCGUUCAUCGACUCUCGCAGUUUCGCUCUGCAAGCUGCUCAGCCUACUAGACAACGAACUAUUGCUGCUAGUAAGCUUCCAAUUAAGCCGCAGUAUAAGGGAGCAACCGCACUCGUCGCCACCAAUACAACAUCAAGUUGCGACGUUUGUGCCAAAUCCUCUCAUCAUCUCUACCAGUGCGGUAAGUUCAUCCACAUGAGCUCAGAGGAAAGACUCGCUGUGUUAAGCUCUCACAGACUGUGCCGCAAUUGUCUAAGAAAGCACCCAGGCGAACCUUGCAAAUCGGGUAACUGUCGCAAAUGUGGUUUACUACACCACCCCCACUUCGCCCUCACCCCUCAAGAUCGCCAAACUCCUUCCGCAUCGAAUGCUGUUCCCUCAGGUGGUGGUUCGGCCGCCCAAUCUUUGAUUUCGGCCCUUGAUUCCACUACUGAAUUCGAUGCCUCCAAUGUACUACUAGCCACUGUGUCCAUUAAUGUACUAGACAAACAUGGACGCCCCAACACAUGUCGCGCUGUUCUGGAUUGCGCGUCCCAAGUAAGUUUUAUCAGCCAGACUUUCUGCAACGAACUUGGCCUCGAUUUGUUAGAAGCAGACAUGAAUUUGGAAGGUAUAUCAUCAACCCCCGCACAUGCAGACAAAUGUGUGCAAAUCAUCGUUGAAUCGCGAUGCACGGACUAUCGUACCGCGGUUCCUUGCAUGGUGCUCAACAAAAUCACAAAUACUCUACCCAUCAAAACAGCGAACACCGACGGUUGGCCUAUUCCAGGUUCGAUCACCCUGGCCGAUCCGCUAUUUCAUCGCCCCGGUAAGAUUAGCGUGCUUCUUGGCAUUGAACUUUUCUUCCAGUUACUUGAGCCUGGAAAAAUUUCACUGAGCUCUGACGACAGUUUGCCCACUUUACAAAACACUAAGUUAGGGUGGGUGGUUGCUGGUCGAUAUCGGUAUCCCACACCACAAGUGACGACUACUACAUGCUUGUUAGCCACCACUGACGACAGCUUGAACCAGCAACUGCAACGAUUCUGGGAAUUAGAGGAAUAUGCACCAGUUUCACCUCAUCUUAGCGACGAGGAAAAACGCUGCGAGGAUCCCUUUUACAAGCACACCGUGCGAGACGAUGAUGGAAAAUUUAUUGUACGGCUACCGUUUCUGGAUUCUCCGAGCCUACUUGGUGAUUCGCGUCAAAUUGCCGAAAAGCGACUAAGUCACAUCGAACGAAAGUUGCAACGGAACCCUCAUCUAAAGCUGGAAUACCAUGCCUUUCUCCGUGAGUACCUUGAGUCCGGCCAUAUGACACUCAUCGAGAAUCCUCCGAACGAUGCUAUUUAUCUCCCGCAUCAUUGUGUGGUAAAGGAAUCGAGUUCCACCACAAAAUAUCGCGUUGUCUAUGAUGCUGCAGCGAAGACUACCAGCGGCUUGUCCCUUAACGAUAUUCUCAUGGCUGGCCCGGUACUGCAAGAUUCGCUAGUGGAUAUUCUUCUUCGCUUUCGUUUUCCGCUGAUUGUUUUCACCGGUGAUAUCAAGCAAAUGUACCGUAUGAUUAAACUGGCCGAUUGCGAUUAUUUGUGCAUUGUUUGGCGGUGGGGCAAUAAUGAACCUGUGCAGGCCUACCGAUUAAACACAGUCACUUAUGGGACGAAGAGCGCAUCGUACUUGGCGACAAAGUGCCUGCAACAAUUAUCGGAAUCGUACAGACAGCAGUAUCCGACAGCGGUUGGGAAGGCAGAAAGGGGCACCUACGUCGACGACGUGUUGUUGGGAGCUGACUCCGAAGAAGAAGCAGUCUUACUACGGCAGCAAGUAACGAAGAUUUUCGCCUCAGGUGGUUUCCACCUGCGGAAGUGGGCAUCAAACAGUGCAGCAGUACUCCAGGACAUCCCGGCUGAGGAUAUAGAAAUGCAGCUACCCAUCGAACUCAACGACACUCGCACCAUCAAGGCUCUUGGCAUACACUGGCAGCCGUGCAGCGACGUAUUCCAGUUCUCCAGCUCAACGCACAAGAUCUUUCAGCCCACAAAGCGGACCAUGCUUUCGCAAAUCGCCAGCAUUUUCGACCCCCUAGGCUUACUAGCCCCGAUAGUCAUCAAAGCGAAAAUGGUCAUGCAGCAACUGUGGGAGCUGAAGGUGGACUGGGACGAAACACCCCCGGGUGAGUUGGUUCAAAAUCGGUUAGUAUUUGUGCAAAGCCUUUCCGAUCUGAAUUCAUUACAGGUACCACGUCGAGUGAUUGGCAUGCGUCAAGCCUCUCGCGUCUAUCUGCACGGCUACAGUGAUGCAUCCGAGCGAGCCAUGGGUGCUUGCCUCUACAUUCGGGCCAUCUGUGGUUGCGGCAAUACAUCAUCGCACUUGCUGUGUGCGAAAUCCAAGACAGCACCGAUUGGGAAUGGACGAACAACAUUACCCCGCUUGGAGUUGUGUGCGGCAGUGACUCUGUCCUGGCUGAUAGCGAAUGUGAUGAAGGCAAACCCUAUACAUUUCCAUGAAGUGCGGGCUUUUUCGGAUUCAACUGUUGCACUGGCAUGGAUUCACGGAGGAGCUUCGAGAUGGAAAACAUUUGUUGCCAACCGGGUGGCAGAAAUCACUACGAUCCUACCUGCAAUCAAUUGGCAUCAUGUAGAUACACACAGCAACCCAGCCGAUGUAAUCUCACGUGGUGCUCUGCCAGAGCAAUUGAUCAACAAUUCCCUUUGGUGGCAUGGACCAGGCUGGAUCAAGUCACUCAACACCGACGAAGUUACACUCACUUGUGCUCUUGACGCCACUCAACAACGACAAGUGAAAAGGGAGCAACGAUCGACUGCCGUGGCGUGUUUGCUGUAUACGAAAACCAAUUUAUCGACGACAUGCUAG